UGUUGGCGGUCUGACAGUUUACUUGAUUACUCCUGAAAGGCGCUUUUUCGUGCAUGUGUGGUGAGAUGUCGUGUCACGGCUUUCCCUCGCGUAGUACUACCCUUGUAGGCGCAUGUGUACAUAUGUGUGCAGCCAGGCUAUUGUGCCAGCAAGUUAUGGGUUCACGAUUGCCCUAAUUUGUGAACUUCGUCUUGUUCUGCUGUCAACUAUUUCCGCAGGGAUUUGUGCGCGAUGCUUUUGUGUUGAGAUAGGCACCCACUGGAGCAUCGCAUCGAUUCUUGGGGUGUUCCUUGGCACAUGUAGUAUGGGACUGACACCUGUGCUCGCCCUUAGACUGUCCGACAGUACAAAAGCUUUUCCUGUAGGCACUUCAGUCUUCAACACCUUCUUCCAUAAUGCAUUGCGACAACGCGUCCUGUGAUUGUUCCAGUCACAGUAGAGGCUUGUGUGGUUGGUGGCGCAAUUAUUCCCUCCGCUGCACAAAGCAGAGAAGUGUUCGAAGUGUAGACCAUGACACCCCUGGAUCGGCCCCUCCCUGGCGAAAUGGCUUCCCGCCACGAUAUAUGUGGCGGGUGCCUGCCUGGGUCGACACAAGCAGGGUUAGCACGCCUAUGCUGCCAGCCAGACAACCCGACCACAAUGUGUGGUCUUUUCCAGCUGGCAAUCUAACCUGGACCCCACACAUGAACGCACUUAGCUACUUACCCGAAACAGUUCGGUGGACUCCUGCUACACUUUUUGCUGUACCGUGGCCUCAGAUGCUCGAUGCACGCCCGAAAAUUGCACCCUACCUUGCUACAAAUCCUUUCCAACCAGACAUGCCUAUACUUCAGUGGGAUGUCCGCCAGAACCCGAUUACCGCUAGGCUGACGACGGGUGCACACAUCUCCACAGAUCUGGCAAACGUUCUGAGCUCUCACAUUGCGGAUAUUCCGGUUGGCAUUAUCGAAAUUGCCAUCCCAGCUUGUCCCAUGGCGUACAUGCGGAAUGUCGUCAGGGUGCAAAGGUCCAGCGCUAUCAAGGUCCAGGAUGUUCUCGAUGCCAUUUACGAAUGGUUACAGACACCUCUUACUCGGGUUGAGAUGGAACACAUCGAAUGGGUGAGCCCAGACGGUGGCGAAGCAGUUUUGUGGGCUUUACGAGAGAGAGCUUCCACGAGUCCGACGCUGCAUGGCUGGGAAUAUCGACAAGGACCACGGCGUAUAGACUGUUUAGGAGAUGUUCGUAGAUGGAUGGGAUUAAGCUACUCUCCUACGGGACAGGGCAUGCAACUGAUUCUCAACCUUCAACCCGUUCAACGGCUAUGAUAAACCUUUGCUUGAUACCCCAAUGAUACCCAUUUUGACUUUUACGAGCUCAGUACUACUCACGCAUUCGAUAAUUAUUUUUAUUCCUAAUCGUAAACACUCGGCACUGCAACAACUUACUCCUGUGAUUCAUCACAUCGAUACCCAAUAAUCGAUUCGCGAUAUUCCGAGCUACUACAUAGUACAUAAUAAUAGCAAACACAGGACUGGCACUGAUUACAAGUUUUUCCUCGCUUCCCAAGUUGUAUCCAUAAACAAUCACGUAUCGGUUAUUCAAGUUCGUGUCCCGAUU